GAGCGACAGUGGUGGCGGCGGCGGCAGCGGGUUCGGUUGCGCGUGGCGCACGGGGUGGGAGCGGAGCUCAGGCCGGGAGCAGGCGCCGCCGCCAGCGACCAUGGGGAACGUGUUGGCUGCCAGCUCGCCGCCCGCAGGGCCGCCGCCGCCGCCUGCGCCGGCCCUCGUGGGGCUGCCGCCGCCUCCGCCCUCGCCGCCGGGCUUCACGCUGCCGCCGCUCGGAGGCGGCCUGGGCUCCGGGGCCAGCACGGGUCGGGGAUCGGAACGGACCCCCGGAGCUGCAGCCGCCAGUGCUACAGGGACCGCUGACGACGGGGCCUGUGGCUGCCUUCCCAACCCGGGCACUUUCGAGGAGUGCCACCGGAAGUGCAAGGAGCUGUUUCCCAUUCAGAUGGAGGGUGUCAAACUCACAGUCAACAAAGGGUUGAGUAACCAUUUCCAGGUGAACCAUACAGUAGCCCUCAGCACAAUCGGGGAGUCCAACUACCAUUUUGGGGUCACGUAUGUGGGGACAAAGCAGCUGAGCCCCACAGAGGCAUUCCCUGUGCUGGUGGGGGACAUGGACAACAGUGGCAGCCUCAACGCUCAGGUUAUUCACCAGCUGGGCCCUGGCCUUAGGUCCAAGAUGGCCAUCCAGACCCAGCAGUCGAAGUUUGUGAACUGGCAGGUGGAUGGGGAGUAUCGGGGCUCUGACUUCACAGCAGCCAUCACCCUAGGGAACCCAGAUGUACUGGUGGGUUCAGGAAUCCUCGUAGCCCACUACCUCCAGAGCAUCACGCCAUGUCUGGCCCUAGGCGGAGAGCUAGUCUACCACCGGCGGCCUGGGGAGGAGGGCACUGUCAUGUCCCUAGCUGGGAAAUACACAUUGAACAACUGGUUGGCGACAGUAACAUUGGGCCAGGCAGGCAUGCAUGCAACAUACUACCACAAGGCCAGUGACCAGCUGCAAGUAGGCGUGGAGUUUGAGGCCAGCACAAGGAUGCAGGACACCAGUGUCUCCUUUGGGUACCAGCUGGACCUGCCCAAAGCCAAUCUCCUCUUCAAAGGCUCUGUGGACAGCAACUGGAUCGUGGGUGCCACGCUGGAGAAGAAGCUCCCACCCCUGCCCCUGACACUGGCACUUGGGGCUUUCCUAAAUCACCGCAAGAACAAGUUCCAAUGUGGUUUUGGCCUUACCAUUGGCUGAGCCCCUCCUGGCCCCUGCCUUCCACACCCUUCCUCCUUCAGAUCCCACCUCCACCUCACCCUGCCACAGAGGGGAGACCUGAGUACCCCUCCCACUCCCUUCCCUCCCUUUUUGGGGGUCAGGGGAGGACAGUGGAAAGGAGGGAACCUACCACCUAGCAGCUGAGGAGGGAAUUCUGGAACCAAGGAUUCUGAGCAGCAAGGGCAGUGUGCCCCAGGGCCCUGAGGUCCUGGAAGGGAUUCUGGAAUGGAGGGGCACACAGGAUCCAGAGCACCAGGGGCAGAGGGGCCAGAUGACCUCAGGGAGGAGUGUUCUGGUGUCCCCCCAUCCUCCAAAGGGCCCUGGGCCCGCCCUGAGGGGGCAGCAAGAGGAGCUUCCCCAUCCCUGGUCAGUCCACCCCUGUCCACUUUCCCCUCUACCCCUCUAUAUAAAUCAUGUUUAUAAGUUAUGGAAGAACCAGGACAUUUUACAGAAAAAAAACAAAAAACA